CCGCUCCGCCGGGGCGGCCCCGGCAGCGAGCAGUCGGCCAUGGCUCCCAGUGCAACCCGGCGGGCCGGCCGCAGGUUCCGAGGCACGUCGCCGCCCGGGGCGUGGGCCCGGUCGGCCGAGGACUGGUGGUGGGACCGGCUGGCGCCCAGCGGCUCAGGGUACCACCUGCUACAUUCGGACAGCGCGCUGCUCGUGCUGCCCGGCCCGGGACCGGUCCGCACCCGCGCGCAGAGGCGCGUCGCCCGCCGCGCUCAGCGGCCGCUGCGCCCCGGACCCCGCGCAGCGGCGGCCAAGACCAGGCCCGCGCCUGGGCCUCAGGAGCCCGACCCCGGCUGGGGCGACCGCAUCCCCUUGGAAAUCCUGCUGCAAAUUUUCGGGCUGCUAGUGGCGGCCGAUGGGCCCAUGCCCUUCCUCGGCAGGGCUGCGCGCGUGUGCCGCCGCUGGCACGAGGCCGCCUCCCAGCCCGCACUCUGGCACACAGUGACCCUGUCGCCCCCGCUGGCUGGCCGUCCCCCCAAGGGUGGGGCCAAGGCGGAGAAGAACCUCCUUGCAUCCCUGGCGUGGUUUAUACCCAAUCGGUUCUCACAGCUCCAGAGGCUGACCCUCAUCCACUGGAAGUCCCAGGUACAACCCGUGUUGAAGCUGGUUAGCGAGUCCUGUCCUCGGCUUAUCUUCCUCAAGCUUUCCAAUUGCCACGGUGUGACCCCUGACACUCUGGUCAUGCUGGCCAAAGCCUGCCCCCAGCUUCACAGCCUGGAUGUACAGCACUCCAUGGUGGAUUCCACAGCUGUGGUGAGCUUCUUGGAGGAGGUGGGGCCCCGAAUGCGCAAGCUGUGGCUGACCUACAGCUCCCAGACAACAGCCAUCUUGGGUACACUGCUGGGCAGCUGCUGCCCCCAGCUCCAGGUCCUGGAGGUGAGCACUGGUAUCAGCCGAAACAGCACGCCCCUUCAGUUGCCUGUAGAGGCUCUGCAGAAAGGCUGUCCCCAGCUGCAGGUACUGCGACUACUGAACCUGAUGUGGCUGCCCAAGCCUUCUGGGCGAGUGGUGAUCCCUGGCCCAGGCUUCCCCAGCCUCGAGGAGCUCUGUGUUGCCAGUUCCACCUGUAACUUUGUGAGCAAUGAGACCCUGGGCCGCCUGCUCCAUGGCUCUCCUAACCUGCGCCUGCUGGAUCUUCGUGGCUGUGCUCGCAUCACUCCUGCUGGCCUGCAUGAUCUGCCGUGUCAGGAGCUGGAGCAGCUUCACCUGGGCCUUUAUGGCACGUCAGACCGGCUGACUCUCGCCAAAGAGGGCAGUCCCCUGUUGACCUGGAAGUGGUGCCACACUCUGCGGGAACUGGACUUGAGUGGUCAGGGCUUCAUCGAGAAGGACCUGGAACAGGCCCUCGCUGCCUUCUCAGGCACCCCUGGGGGCUCACACUCAGUCCUGUGCUCACUCAACCUCAGGGGCACCCGGGUUACACCAAGCACGGUCAGCUCUGUGGUCAGCAGGUGCCCAGGCCUGCUGUACCUCAACCUGGAAUCCUGCCGCUGCCUUCCCCGGGGCCUGAAGCGGGCCUACCGUGGCCAGAACGAAGUCCAGUGGUGCCUGGAACAGCUGCUCACCAGCCUCCCCUGCCCCAGCUAGGUGGCUGUAGGCCACAGACCCCUCAGCCAGCCAGCCCUGCCCCCUUACCCAGUUUGGAUGUUUGAACAUUUUGUUACAAUAAAGCGUUUUUUUAAGAA